ACCUAGCAUGAGUUUGGCCCUAAUUGGCAAAGGCCUCUCAUCCUAACACAUACAAACAACGCCUUCAAAAUUUGAAAGUAAGGAUCUGCCACGCCAGGCCCUCCAAAUCUAGAUGGCGACAUCACUCGGGAAACGCAGGCAAAGAGAAGAAGACGCACAACCCUCAUCACAAGCACACGGGUCCACACUAUUCGUAUCCAACCUCCCCUAUGAUGCAACAUCCACCGACCUACAAACAACAUUCUCAGAUUUAGCACCCGUGCGAUAUGCUUUUGUCGUAUCCAAUAGUGAGACUGGGGCGUCCAAGGGUUUUGGUUAUGUAUCUUUUUCUAUCAAGGAGGAUGCGCAGACUGCUUUUGAUACCGUGUCGACUGAGGGGAUCAAGAUCAAUGGGAGGAAGCUGAGGGUCAAGUGGGCGGAUAAGAAAAUGGACAAGGGUAAAUUUGAAAGCUCGAAGGAGCGCGUUGGAAAGGAGAAGAAGCCAGAAGUGAAAAAGCAGGUGGUGGUAAAACAAGAGGCGAAAAAACACCAGCAAGAAGUGAAAAAGCAGGUGGUGGUAAAACAGGAGGUGAAAAAACACCAACAAGAAGUACAAAAGCAGGAGGAAAAGGCGAAGCCUGAAGAUGUUGAUGAGAGUGACGCCGAAUCAGAUGAUGUCGAAGAGGAUGAUGUCAAGAUGGUCGACGUUGAAGAUAGUGAUAUCGAGAGUGAUGCUGAAGACGAAGACGAGCAGUUGGGUCUUCAUGAAGACGAGCACAGCGACAAGGACGAAGACGAAGACAUCGAAGACGACGACGAUAAAGAGGCUAUAAGUGCUGAACACCAACGACGUCCCAUGAAACCUCAACUACCUCAAACGGACACAGGUACCACACUCUUCAUCCGCAAUAUCCCUUUUAUUGCUACAGAAGACGAACUACGGGUACUAUUCCGCACGUUUGGGCCUCUACGGUAUGCUCGAAUUACCGUCGAACCAGGCACCGAACGUUCGCGAGGCACUGGUUUCGUUUGCUUCUGGAAUAAGGAGGUCGCCGACAAGGUGAUCGAGCAAAGCGAGAUCUUGCGCGCCGAAACCAUGGGCUCGCAUCAACCAACAAAAAACCCAUUUACCCUGCCGUCAAUAUUGACGCCUGACCCAUCUGCAGGUGUAGCCAAAAGUCUUGUACUUCAUGGUCGCACUUUGGAUGUUGUGAGAGCUGUCACGCGGGAUCAAGCAGGUAAGCUGAAGGACGAAGGCGAGAAAAGACGAGAAAAGGCAGACAAGAGAAAUCUUUACUUGUUGCGUGAGGGAGGUAAUGUUGAUUUUAUUGUCAUCACUGUUAUCUUUGUAAACCAGAGUUCUCCAGUCAUCUUGCCUAAUACGCCAGCGGCCAGCACCAUAUCACCUGUUGAACUGGAGAAGCGGACUAAUUCAUUCACUGCUCGCCGCACGAUGUUGCGGACAAAUCCUUCCUUAUACGUAUCGAAGACCCGACUCAGCGUUCGUCAAAUACCCCUAUUCGUCACCGAGCGGACUCUUAAACGCCUCGCCCUCCACGCUCUUCGUACAUUCCAAGAUGAAGUCAAAAAAGGAGAACGAAAUGGUUUGACUCCCGAGGAGCUAGAAGAAGUCACCAAGGAAUCCGAUGAACCAGGCGACUCCAGCACGAAGCCGAAGGCCGGGAAACGAUUGCAGGGAAGCAAAGUCAAGCAAGCCAAAAUCGUGCGGCAACAUGAACGGGUAGAUCCUGUUACAGGAAAAGGUCGCAGCAAAGGUUAUGGAUUCAUCGAGAUGCCGCGGCAUGCGGAUGCGCUGCGCGUUCUUCGGUGGGCCAACAACAACCCUGCUGUGGCGCCACUUCUGAGCACCUGGUGGAAAGAAGAGCUCGGGGAUCUCAUCAAGCUGGAGAAGGGGAAGGGGGAUCCUGAUGAAGCUAGACUGAAGCGGAUAAAGGAUGAGCUAGAAGGCCAAGUGAAAACACCGAAGGGUACGCUUGUUGUGGAAUUCUCCAUAGAAAACGUGCAGGUCGUCCAGCGAAGAGCCAACCAGAACAAAGAAAAACCAACAGUAAAUACACGAGUCACAAAAGACCACGGUGAAAUAUCUCAAGAACCACCUAUGAAGAAACGACGCGUUGCGGCUGAUGAAACACCAGCGAAGCCUGUGAAAGAAGAACAUGCUAGUGGUAGUAAGAGCAUUGGCGCAGUUAUUGGCAGAAAGAGGAAGGAGCGUAAAGCUGCCAAGAAGAGCGCAAAGUAGCCCUGAGGCCUCAAGUGCUGUCUUGUUGUGUUCUUUACCUUUGGUCGUAUCAUAUCCCGCUCAAAUGGACCACAGUAUCAAAGAUAUCCACUUUCAUUGGCUGACCGACUAGAGACAAAUUUCUAUAUUUAUAUACUGCAACAUUUAAAC